UUGUUGGCAAAUGAACCUGCCUCAAAUGGUAAUUAAAAUUCAGACCAUUAAAAGAAAAGGUAAUUUAAAAAGACUAAAGACUUGAAAAAGCCAACUAACUUCCUAUAUAAAAUAUUUUUUAGCACAUUUCAUUAAUUUCUAGACUCCCCACCUGUCAAACGUUGACAACAAAAAAGUUGGCAAGAUAUAAGCCCCACCCAUCAAAUUUUUACAAACCAGACUCAGACAAAAAAAAAAACAAACAUCAUUACAAACCAGACAUCUCUUAUCCCCAACUGAGGAGACUCACUUUCUCCUUCGGUCUCCUAAGCUCUGGCCAUGGCCGCCACCAACCAAACUCAACCACGACCACCAUGCUCAAAUCUUCUCCUCUGCUAGACAUACAACAACAAAAAUGGGCAACCAAAACGCUAAACACACAACAACACCAACACCAACAAUAAGCCAUCCAUUGCCUCCUCCUCCAGCUCUUUCCAUGGCGACCAGCGAAACCCAAGAAGCAUGGCCAGAGCUGCUCGGCGCAAACAACUGGGCUGGCCUUUUGGACCCUCUGGACCUCAACCUCCGAACCCUCAUCCUCCGCUGCGGAGACUUCUGCCAGGCCACUUACGACGCCUUCAACAACGACCAGAACUCCAAGUACUGCGGCUCCAGCCGCUACGGCAAGGCCUCCUUCUUCGACAAGGUGGUGCUCCAAGACGCCUCCAGCUACCAAGUCUCCUGCUUCCUCUAUGCCACCGCCGAAGUCAGCGUCCCCGAAGCCUUGCUCCUCCACUCCCAGUCCCGCGAGUCGUGGGACCGCGAGUCGAACUGGAUCGGCUACAUCGCCGUCACCACCGACGCCGUCAGCAAGGCCAUCGGACGGCGCGAAAUCUACGUCGCGUGGCGCGGCACCAUAAGAAACUACGAGUGGGUUAAUGUGCUGGGAGCUGACCUCGAUUCUGCUGCGGCUCUGUUACGUUCUCAUGAAUCUAAUCCCAGCUUGACAAAUGAUCAAACAGAUGGCGGACAUGGUAGUAAUAGCAGCAGCAGCAGCGACGACGGCAAGGGUGAAGAUGACGAAAAAGUGCCCAAGGUCAUGAGGGGUUGGCUUAGCAUGUACACCUCGAGCGACUCAAAAUCGCCAUUUACGAAACUAAGCGCUAGAGACCAACUUCUGACGAAAAUCAAAGAGCUGAGGCAGAAGUACAAGGACGAGAAGCAGAGCAUAACGAUCACAGGGCACAGCCUAGGGGCGAGCCUGUCAAUCUUGAGCGCCUUUGAUCUGGUGGAAAAUGGUGUUGCUGAUGACAUCCCAGUUGCUGCUUUCGUAUUUGGUUGCCCAGAAGUCGGAAACAAGGCACUGAAAAAUCGAAUUCAGAGCUACCCAAAUCUGAAGAUUCUGCACACCAGGAACACCAUUGAUUUAAUCCCACACUAUCCUGGGCGUUUACUGGGUUAUCGUGACAUUGGAACAGAGCUCGUGAUUGAUACAAGGAAGUCAAAGUUCUUGAAGGAGUCGAAUAAUCCGAGCGACUGGCACAAUUUGCAGGGGAUGCUGCAUGUGGUGGCUGGGUGGAACGGGAAAGAAGGCGAGUUCGAGCUGAGAGUGAAGAGGAGCGUGGCUUUGGUGAACAAGUCAAGCGAUUUUCUGAAAACGGAGUUUUAUGUGCCGGCGUCGUGGUGGGUGGAGAAGAACAAAGGGGUGGUGCUUGAUGAGAGCAGCGGAGAGUGGCUGUUGGCUCCUCCUUCCGACGAGGACCUGCCUGUCCCUGAGUUUUGACCGGUGGUGGUGGCGGUGGCUUAUGGUUGGGGUCUUUCUUUUUUCUGUUUAUUUUUUGUCAAAUAUAUUAUAUAGUGUUUGGUUGUUUGUCUUGUUGCAGUCGUUAACUUGUUAGUGUGGUUUUCUUUUGGAUCAGAGAGGGUUCAACACGUUUUUAAGAGCCUAAACUCGAGUUCCUAGUUUCGAUUCUUCAUUAGUUUCGAUGUCACUUGUAUAAAAAAUUCAAAAUAAUUGAUGUAUUAGUUUCGACGUCGCUUGUAUUAAAAAUUCAAAAUAAUUGAUGUACCGAUACAUCACAUGUAUAAUAGCAUUUUCGUUUCGAUUCA